CCAAAAAAUUAUUAACCUUCCUCCUCCACUUGCAUAUAACCGGGAAAUUCCCAAAACAAUGAAAAUAGUACUAAACAAUCUUUACCCAAAUAUGUCAGGAAAUUUUCAAAACUAUCAUACAAAUUCAACCAGGGAAUUGAAAAAUGAAAAUAAAUCAAAACCCUAUUCCCCAAAUAUUUCCAAAUCUCGCCUUCUUCUCUACAGCUUUGCUAUAUAAAUCAAAACCCCAACCCAGAAUUACUGCAAUUGUGACCCUGUUCUUGUUUCCCAGCCAGAGAGUUUGUGCUGGGGUUUAUGAGGGUGUUACUACUAGUCAACUUGCUGCUGCUGCCGUGACUGCUAAUCAUCCUGAUUGUGCUUCAUUCACUUAUUCACGUUUACAGCGUCGCUGCACUCUUCACCCCCUCCCUCUCUCUCUCCUCCAUUGAAGCGUACUCUGAGUUCUCCAUUUAAGCUUCUCCUUAGCUUUCUCUCUCCAUUGAAGCAGCUUAUAAGGUGAUAUCGUGUUCUAUUGAUUAUCAACAUAAAAGCUUAUCUGAAUUUGAAUUUUCAGUUUUCCGGGCUUUUGAGUGAAGAAUGGGUAAAGCUUCAAGGGACAAGAGGGAUAUUUACUACAGAAAAGCAAAAGAAGAAGGAUGGCGAGCUCGAAGUGCCUUUAAGCUGCUUCAAAUUGAUGAGGAAUUCAAUAUUUUUGAAGGGGUGAAGAGGGUGGUGGAUCUUUGUGCAGCUCCUGGUAGCUGGAGUCAGGUAUUGAGUCGGAAGUUGUAUCUCCCAGCAAAGCUAUCACCUGAUUCUAGGGAAUCCAACCCUCCUCUUAUAGUGGCUGUUGAUUUGCAACCAAUGGCUCCUAUAGAAGGAGUGAUUCAAGUGCAAGGUGACAUAACGAAUGCUAGAACUGCUGAAGUGGUCAUUCGACAUUUUGAUGGGUGUAAGGCUGACUUGGUUGUUUGUGAUGGUGCACCCGAUGUUACUGGACUUCAUGACAUGGAUGAGUUUGUUCAAUCUCAGCUCAUACUGGCGGGUUUGACAAUUGUCACUCACAUAUUGAGGAAGGGAGGGAAAUUUAUUGCAAAGAUAUUCCGUGGCAAAGACACGAGUCUCCUAUAUUGCCAGCUGAAACUUUUUUUCCCAAAAGUGACAUUUGCAAAACCAAAAAGCAGCCGUAAUUCAAGUAUUGAGGCAUUUGCAGUUUGCGAGGAUUACUCUCCUCCAGAAGGUUUUAGUGAGAAGGAUUUAUAUCGUCUUCUGAAGGAGGUUGGCAGUCCCUCAGGAGCGGAUAAUCUAGAUUGCAGCAGUGCUUGGUUAGAAGGGCCAAACAAGGUAUAUAUCCCAUUUUUGGCUUGCGGAGAUCUAAGCGGAUACGACUCGGAUAGGUCAUACCCAUUACCUCAAGUUGCUGAAGGGACUUACAAGAGUUUAGAUCCUGUACAGCCUCCAAUUGCCCCACCUUAUAAAAGGGCUCUAGAGCUCAAGAAAGCUGCAAAUCAAGGAAUUCGCGAACUUGGAAACCUAUCCAUUGAUUCUUCUUAAAAAUGCACUAAUACGUUUGCAUUUUGAUUGAGGAUCAAUAUCUUAGGUAGAUGUUUAGUUAAUUGGCUCCUUGAUCACAUUGCUAUAGAACUAUUUGUCGAUCAUUAUUUUGUGCACUUAAAAGCAUAAUGUGCAUUAUCUUUCCGAUUAAUGUUAUUUUUAUUCAUACUUGCAUUUACACUUUCAA